ACCGGAAGUGACGCAUAAAGCUUGCUCCAUAUUCGCGUGCUAGGUUCCCUACCUGGCUGGAGGCAUGGCUGAGCCUGCUGGUGAUUUCGUGACUUCUAACGGGUGGCUUCCAGCAUCCGAGCUGACCCCCACGUUGGGGCCUCUGAGAGACACUGCUUCACUGUCCGACAACUGGAUGUUCUGGGCAAUGCUGCCGCCGCCACCACCGCCUUCGUCGUCGCCUCCCGUACGAGGGUCAGAGCCUUCCUCAGGGGAGCAGCACCCCCAGGAAGCCCAGGUUCUCCCCGAGGCGCCUCCUCCCUUCGACGCCCAGAUUCUUCCCGGGGCGCAGCCUCCCUUCGACGCCCAGUCCCCCCUUGAUUCUCAGCCUCAACUCAACGGCCAGCCUUCCUGGAAUUUCCAGGCUUCUACAUCGUGGUACUGGAGACAGUCUCCUGGUGUUUUUCCUGGAUAUCAGAACACUCCGGUUAAGCGUUCUUAUUUUCCACGAAAAUAUGACGCAAAGUUCACUGACGUCAACUUCCCUCCCAGUAGAAAACAGAAGAAAAAGAAAAGAAAGGAACCAGUUUUUCACUGUUUUUGUGAUACCUGUGAUCGUGGUUUUAAAAAUCAAGAGAAGUAUGAUAAACACAUGUCUGAACAUACAAAAUGUCCUGAGGUAGAUUGUUCUUUUAGUGCACAUGAGAAGAUUGUCCAGUUCCAUUGGAGAAAUAUGCAUGCUCCUGGCAUGAAGAAGAUCAAGUUAGACACUCCAGAGGAGAUUGCAAGAUGGAGGGAAGAAAGAAGGAAAAACUACCCGACUCUGGCCAAUAUUGAAAGAAAGAAAAAAUUAAAACUUGAAAAGGAAAAGAGAGGAGCAGUUUUGACAACAACACAGUAUGGCAAGAUGAAAGGGAUGUCCAGACAUUCACAUAUGGCAAAGAUCAGAAGUCCUGGCAGGCAUCACAAAUGGAAAAAUGACUGUGUUGGACAGACAGCAGCCACUGGAUCUGGUAGUAGCUUGCGUGAUUCGAAGCCUGAAGAUCCGCCCAAGGCAAAUGCAGACCCUCUGGGUGUUUUGGUAAACACGGACUCUGAGUCUGAUAAAGAGGAGAAACCACAGAGUACCGUCAUACCUAAGGAAGUAACACCAGCCCUGUGCUCACUAAUGAGCAGCUAUGGCAGUCUCUCAGGGUCAGAGAGUGAGCCAGAAGAAGCUCCCAUUAAGACUGAAGCAGACAUUCUGGUGGAAGAUGAGGUUCUUCAUAGUGAAACUCCUAAGAAACCAAGUCAAGAUGUUAAAGUGACUGUUAGAAAGUAUGAGAGCCAAAAGAAAAGUUUUAAAAAGACAAACCCUAAGAGGAGAAAAGAUUAUCACAACUAUCAAACAUUAUUUGAACCAAGAACACACCAUCCAUAUCUCCUGGAAAUGCUUUUAGCUCCAGACAUUCGACAUGAAAGAAAUGUUAUUUUGCAGUGUGUUCGGUACAUCAUCAAAAAUGACUUUUUUGGACUUAAUACUAAUUCUGCAAAAACUAAAGAUGUAUAGGUACCUGAUGUUUCAGCGCUCAUGCAACUCCUAAAGUUAGUAGAGGAAAACAUUUUUAAAAGAAAACUGGAUUAAUAAUUAAAUUGUCAGCCUCAUGGGAUAUUAUGUUGGAUUUUUAAUUCUUUCCUUUGAAUCUAUGCAAAUAAAUACAUAACUGAUUUUUAA